CGUGGCUCUAGGAAGGAAGGAGGCUGUUUAGUUUUCAGAAAACCCGAAAAAUGAUCUAGUAAACGGUAAGACAAGCUAUUUAUGAUGCCGUCAGUGAGACAGGAGUCUGUGCUGUUAUGUCCGGGUCUCUUACAGAACAUUUAGGUAACAAUGGAGACAGAGACAAACUCCUUCCAUGUGGAGUUCCCUGACUUUUCCUGCUCCCUGUUAAAGAAACUGAACCAGCAGCGUCAGAGGGGUCAACUGUGUGACCUCAUUGUGGCCAUAGGUGGCCAUCGUUUCCGGGCUCACCGUGCCGUGCUGGCCGCCAGCUCGCCAUACUUCUGUGAUCAGGUGCUGCUGAAGAACAGCGUCCGUGUGGUUUUGCCAGAUGUCAUGCAUCCUGGCGUCUUCGAGCAGCUACUCUUAUCCUGCUACACGGGAGCACUCUCAGUGCCAUCCGGUGAGGUGGUGGCCUUCCUCACUGCUGCCAGCUUCCUGCAAAUGUGGCACGUGGUUGACAAAUGCACUGAGCUUCUAGAGGUGAGACGUAAGAAAAGCAAAUGUGGUGGGCAUUUUGAAUAUGGAACAUCUCCAAAAGUGGAUGAUUAUGGCAUGGAUAACGAGGAUGCUGGUCAGACUGCAGGUAAAGAAAUAGAUCUAGUUGAAGACGGGAUUUCAAUUCCUACUUUACAAAGUGCCAGCUGCUCUCCUCCGGAAGAUCCAUGCAGGGAGAAUGGAUUGGAUGCUAUGGAGAAUCAGUGUUUAAGACCUGCCUGUGUGCCACCAAGCAUUAUGGUACACAGGAAAAAGGUGCAUGUGAAAGCAGAGAGGACAAACCGAGAACCCUGUAGUGGCCUGUUUCGCGAUGAGUCCACCGUAGUAGCUGAUACGGACCAGAACUGUCCCACUCCAAACAUCGCUGAUGAUUGUUUUGAUGAGAAACUAGUGAAACGUCUUGAGUGCCUGGAUAGAGGUUGCUCCUAUGAAGAGCCCUUGGACUUCUACGGAACCUCCAUGGAGAGCAUUUCGCAAGCUGCGGACGAGAUCACCAACUCGACAUCCAAAAAUAAGCAGCAACUAGAUGGAGUUACGGAUGUUGCUAAAGACGAGGAGGCAUCGGCCCAUGGUGACAGUGGCCUAAAGGAGCAAAUGUCUCACUCUGGGUUUGCCUCUGUAGUUUAUAAGCUCUAUCCGUGCCAAUGCGGCAAGAGCUUCACGCACAAAAGCCAGCGAGACCGCCACAUGAGUAUGCACCUGGGUUUACGGCCGUUCGGCUGUGCUGUUUGUGGCAAAAGUUUCAAGAUGAAGCAUCACUUGGUGGGCCACAUGAAGAUCCACUCAGGCAUUAAACCGUAUGAGUGCAGCCUGUGCGCAAAACGUUUCAUGUGGCGAGACAGCUUCAACCGCCAUACCUCCACGUGCGCAAGGGCUCAUCAGAAACGACGGGUCAGAGUGGAACCCGCCUCCUUGUAGGAACAUUGUAAGAACACAUGAGAGGCUGUCAUUGCCAGAAUGCCAAACAUUUCGUUUCUAUUGAAAAUAAGCACCUCAGUUUGGGAGAAUUUGUCCAGGUGUACUUCAGAAAACACAUAGGCUGCGUCUGAAAUCACGUACUGUCAGAAUAUGCACUGCAUUUGAUGAAGAACGUACUUCUUGGCUGGUGAAAAAAUAUGUUCUUUAAGUAUGCAGGUGAGAAUCUUAAAAUUUCCGGGAAUGUGGGCAUUGUCCCGUGAACCGAAUAUAUAGUAACAACCAACAUGAAAAUAAUUAAGUCUGGUCUUGUUAAACAAGUACAAUUUAACCACAAGGAAUUGAACCACAACUUUCUUGGUAAAUAGCACUUACAGUUGAAAAUAUCCUCCCAACUUGUGGUUCUCCACGUUUUUUAAAUUCAGAGUUUUGAAUAUGGUGUCAGUGGCCUCAAACCUACUACUGUGCAUCCAGGUAUUUCUCACCCACUGUUUUAUGAGGAUUCGGACACCCUACUCCAUUGCCAUACUGUUUUUGGCAUACUAUACAGUAGUAGAGAAGUAUGCAUAUUCGGACGCAGCCAUAGUUUCUCCUGAUGGGAUGGUUUAAAGUCAACAUGAAAGCAAAAUUGAUCUUUUUUACUUUAUUGUGCACAGUUCAUCAGGGCAUACUAUUUUCAAAUGUCAUAACUCUAAUGUAAAAACUGUAACACAAAAAAGGCUCUGCCUCUAAAACAACUUUCAAUUUUGGCUGACAUCACCUAGACGGAAAAUAAUGUUAUCCAAUUGCCAAAUAGCUUUUUAUUUUUUGGCUGUAUUAUUUGUAGUUAAUACAGCUUUUCUAAAUUCUUGCUAGUUAACAGAGUAAUUUAAUUCAGGUUAACAUUAAUGUUAUAAAAGUAACUGCAAUAAUAGCAAGUAACAAUGGAUUUGAAAAAGAAAUGUGAACUUUGGUGAACUUUGACCUUCAGUCUCCAGAAAGCCACCUCAAAUUCGUGUGCUGGUGGUGUUUCAGCACACACACACACACACACACACACACACACACACACACACAAAAAAGGAUUUUUGCGUCUUUUUAAAUGAACUAAAAGGAAUAGUUCACCCAAAAAUGAAAAUUCUCUUACCAUUUACUCACUUCAUGCCAUCCCAGAUGUAUAUGAUUUCCUUUCUUCGGUUGAAGAAAAAUUGAAACAUAUCUCAUAGAUUUCUUGCUACUUUGUGAAGGAGGAAGCGGGAGCCAGGUAAACAAUCAACGUAAGCUUUUUAUUGCAAACGCUUUUUUGUCUAAAACACUCUGUUUGCUUUUCAGCAACACACACACAAGACUCUGCUGCGUGUGUCUCUCUCUCUCUGCUCCGGCGGUUUGGAUUGCCCUUUUAUCCCUCUCCAGCUCUCACUGCAAACAAACACAACACAAAACAGCUGUAAGAGGUGAUUUCCCACAGGUGUCAAUCCUUACCGUUCUUCCUCUCCCGGCCUCGCUAUCCACAGAUGUCGCUCGGCCACGUCCACAUCACCACAUACCCCAAUCGCCUGACUCAGGCCGGGGAGCCACCCGGCCUGUCACUAACUCUCUCCCCCCCAUCCCACCCCCAAUUUCUGGAGAGGAAAUCUGCAACAGCCAUCUGCGCCCCCUGCCUGUGGACCACCUCGAACUUAAAAGGCUGGAGAACUAGAUACCAACGGGUGAUCCGUGCAUUGGUAUCCUUCAUGCAAUGGAGCCACUGGAGCGGGGCGUGGUCCAAACAAUAACGGCCUGCCACAAAGCGCAACUUUCACCAGCGUGAACGCCUGCUGACACGGCUCCAUCCACUGGACUGGAUCUGGUGCACGCUUUUUAGUCAGAUCUGUCAGCGGGCUGGUGAUGGUCGAAUAAUUAGGCACAAACCUGCGAUAAUAGCCAUCCAGCCCCCGGAACUGUCUCACCUCCUUUUUGGUCACUAGUCUCAAAUCGUUUUAUCAAUUUGGGGCAGCACCUGCCCAUGACCCAAGUUGAAGCCCAGAUACCGUACUUCCACCCACCCAAUUGCGCACUUCUUUGGGUUUGCCAUGAGUCCCGCCCAUCUCAACGAUCUCAGGACAGCCCUCAGAUGCUGCAGGUGCCGCUGCCAGUCAUUACUGAAAAUGAUGAUGUCAUCCAGAUGGGCAGCACCGUGUGGUCUGAGGAUUCUGUCCAUGAGCCGCUGAAACGUAGCCAGGGACCUGAAACAAACCGAACAGAAGUGUCACGAAUUGUUGUAAUCCGAACGGUGUUGAAAAUGCCAUCUUUUCACGGGAUGUGGGAGUUAAGGGGAUCUGCCAAUAUCCCUAUGUUAAAUCCAGUUUCGAAUAAAAGGGAGCCGCGCCUAACCGAUUGAGCAGUUCAUCAAUCCAAGGCAUUGGGUACGCAUCAGAUUUAGACACAGCAUUGACUUUUCUAUAAUCCACACAGAACCGGAAAGAACCAUCACUCUUUGGAACCAACACCACCGGGCUGGCCCAGUCACUGUGGGAUUUUUCUGUUACUCCCAUAUCUAACAUGGCCUUUAACAUGGCCUCCUCCCGAAUCCCUUUUUUUUUGUGCUCAGGUAAUUGGUAGGCAUGACUGCGUACCACUACCCCUGGGGUCAUUUCGAUAUGGUGCUCUAUUAGAUUCAGAUGAUCGGGAAGAGGUGAGAACACAUCGGAGAAUUCUCCUUGCAACCUGGCAACCUCCGUGAAUUGUAUCGGUGAGAGGUGGUCUCUGCAAGUGAUUCGAUCAGUGGCUUUUAAGUUCACCUCCGGUCCAAGCUCCUCCCUCUCCAGAACCACCAUCGCCAACAUCAUGGGGUCCGCCUCUCUCCAUGGUUUUAGGAGAUUGACCUCAAAGGGCCCUUGCCACUUGGCGAGUAAUUUAGAGCUCGAUGUGGGGAGCAAUACAAGGACUUUAUCUCCCGGUGCAAAUUUCCAUAGCUGAGUACCCCUAUUAUACAGCCGGCUUUGACGUUCUUGAGCCCUAGUGUGUGAAGUUUUGCUCUCAGGUCAAGAACGUAUUGAAUUUUGUUUUUGCUGUUUGAAGGUCCCUCCUCCCAUUUUUCCCAUAGAACGUCGAGCACUCCACAUGGUCGACGCCCGUACAAUAAUCAACUGGGGAGAACCCUGUGGAGGCUUGUAGGACCUUGCAGAUAAUAGGGGCUCGAGCCAUUUGUCCCAAUUUCGAGCGUCUUCGUGCAUGAUUCUUUAGUCUCUGAUUAAAUCGUUUGACCAAGCCGUCUAUUUGGGGGUGGUAAACGCUGGUCCCCAAUAAUUCAUACAGUUUGCGUAGUGUACGUGAUAUAAACGUCGUGCCCAGAUCAGUGAGGAUUUCUUUCUGAAUCCCCAUUUGGGAGAUUAUUCUGAAGAGUGCCUCUGCUACACUACGUGCUGAGAUGUUGCACAGAGGUAUCGCUUUACGCAGUUCACCAGAACCAACAUUGGCAUUGACCAUCAAUCACAUUCACUUGAUCAAAGGCGUGCCUAAGGGUCUUGUCUCACAUCUGCUCCAUAGGGGAAUCCCCUGCACACUCCCUUGCAUCAUCCUGAUGUGGAGCUAAUGUAGAUGGCCCCAGUACCGCCUCCCCAGCCAGUGAAUCCCACCCCACACACAAUACACUUUGUUACAGGACACAUCCACAUAAAUUCCCCUCAACAAAGUUGUAAAUUCCAGCCAAUUCAUACCCAAAAUUAGUGGAUGGGUGAUGCAGGGAGGAACCGCCGCCUCUAGUCUAUGCUUUUGCACUUUGAAUUGAAUAGUGAUGGGCACUAAGGGGUAAUCAUGAAUAUCCCCAUGCACACACCUUACCUUUACCCACUGUCUUGUAUCCAAAGCCUCGGAUUGAACCAAGCUUUGGUGAAGGGAGGUUUGAUUACAACCUGAAUCCACCAAGGCUUGAUAUGUACUCCCCUUAAUACUCACAGGUAUCUGGUACACUCCUGCUUGAUCGGGGGCAGCCUGUGGCAUGUCGGAGACACGGACCAAUGUCUCCACCUCCAUCGUUGGACAUCGGUCCUGGAAAUGGCCAUGCUACCUGCAGCUCCAGCAGACUGGCCCAGACUUCACGCCCACAUCCAUGGCAGCGGAUUCACCAACCUGUGGGGGAGAGCGGAGAGGGUUAGGGAAAACUUGUGGGUUGAACGGUUCACGGGACUAAGGAAAUGUUUUUGGGGUAGGAAUUCCCAGUUUGCGGGGAAUAGGAACAGGACAAGGGGAAGGAGAGGGGGAGGGAGGAGAGAGAGAGAAAGAGAGAGAGAGAGAGAGAAAAUAGGGCUCGCCGGACACCGAAUACGCCGCCAUAUGGUCCUCAUUUAGCUGGGCCGCCUCAUCCAGCAACGCUGAACGGUGGCACUGGACCCACUCUGCCGUUCCUUUCGGUAGCCGGGCGAUGAACUGCUCCAGUAACACCAGAUCGAGCACUCACUCUGUCACGUUCUUCAACCAGCAGCCACCUUCGGCAGCUGUUGGACGAAUGCGAACAGGUGGCCGUGCUCGCAAAGCAUCCACGAGUGUAUGUGCUGCUGAUGUUGUUCUGGGCUAUGGCCAACCCAUUGCAGGAUGGCCUUCUUCAAGUCCUCAUACACCAGGAGGUUGGCAGUAGGAAGUUGUUGGGCCACGAGUUGGGCUUCCCUGGACAACAGUGGCAGUAUGCGGGCCGCCCACUGGGACCUCGGCCACUUCCAUGCGUCAGCCAUCCGCUAGAGGAGCUCGACGAAUGCCUCUGGGUCAUCUUGAGGUCCCAUCUUGCAAAGCGUGACAUGUGGCAUGGCCAUAGGUGGGUCCGGGGUCAUGGCUGAAGACCCCUCCUGGUGUACCAAGCUCCGUAGUACCUGCCGGUCCUCUGCUUGAGACUGGAAGAGCGCUUGAUGCUCCAAAAAGCACAGACAAUCAGCAUUAACAUCAUCCAUACGACUCCAGUGGUUAAAUAAAUGUCUUUAUAAAGCGAUACGAUCGCUUUUGGUGCAAAAAAGAUCAAUAUUUAAGUACUUUUUAACUAUAAAUCAUAAAUCGUACACGAGAGGGCUGAGGUCAUGCAGUCUUUCCAGCUAUGGCAUGGCAACGUUCCAUUCAUUGCAGCAGAUGCUCUCUACCUCUGUUGGCAUUGCAUGGCUUUGCCUACAUGUACACCACCACGUCUCCUGAGCUCUCUGUCUCUCUAAAGCUUGUUGUUGUGCUGCUGUUGGUCGAGCCUCCUCCAUCUACCUGUGCUCCUGGUCAGAGUACCCAGGUUCAAAUAAAUAUGGCUGUGCAAAAACUGUGCAAAAUCUCUUUUUCUCCUGCUAAAUCUGACAUCUUUGUUUAAAUUUGCUUCAAUUUGUUUACUGCGUUUGGUCUGUACAGUGUUCCUCUUACUCAGUUGUAAACAGCACUGCUCUUCCAGGUGUGUCACUUCUCAUGUGAACAUGCCAACGCCAGUACAUCACACGAUAGACCUCAGCCCUCUUGUGAACGCAUACCGCUGCUUAACAGAAGCGAUUAUUUAUUGUUAAAUAGUAUGUAAAUAUUGAUCUUUUUCACACCAAAAGCGAUCGUAUCGCUUUAUAAGACAUUAAUUUAACCACUGGAUUCGUAUGGAUGACGUUAAUGCUUAUUGUUAAAAUCAUGUUACCAUCCACUUCCAUUACAAGGACCUACUGAGCUGAGAUAUUUUUCUACAAAUGUGUUCUGCUGAAGAAAGGAAGUCAUAUACAUCUGGGAUGGCAUGAGGGUGAGUAAAAGAUGAGAGAAUUUUCAUUUGUGGGUGAACUAUCCCUUUAAUUAAAAUGAACUAAAGCAACAUAAUUCUAGAACAUUUGGUCACAACUUGAUUUCAUUGGAUUCUAUCCAUUAACAUUUGUAAAAGUUUACUUAAGCCACUUGAGUUUGGACUACAUGAAUACUUUUUGUGGUGUUCAUGUAGCAUUAAUUAAACUCGGCAGGGGAUUUCCAUUUACCAGCAUGCUUUUCAUGGGACUUGAUAGUAAAUGCUAAAAUUAAGUUUUAUUUUAUGUGUUUUUGUGCGAGAUGUAUAUAAAGGGGGAUACUUGUUAGUGUGUAAUGUUUUUAUUAUGUUGAGAUUUAGAAGAGUUUCUGUUAUAUUGGAGUUUUGGGGUUACCAUAAUGAGGAAAAGUGGAGCUUGAGCUAACGAUGAUGACAGGUAGAUGUCGCACAUGAAAUUGAAUGCUCGCUUUGUUGAGCAAAUGCUGUGCUAACCAUUGCAUGUAUUUAGCAUGCUAACAUUCACUUUCACUAGUUAGUACAUAAAGAAAUAAAAUACAUUUAUUUGAGUUACAUUGACACGUCUAAUUUUGUUGGGUUUACCCAAUUCAACUAGGUUCUUUCUACACAAAGUGUUUAUGUUAAGAUUACAUAGUAAUUAGAGGUUGACCGAUAGUGGAUUUUGCAGAUACUGAUAACUAAAGUGGUAGGAAAGGCCAAUAACUAAUUAAUCAGCUGAUAGUUUUUCAAAUUGAUUUAUAGAAUGUAAAAAAAAUCGUAUUCUUUCUUUAUUAUGGCGGGCAAAGACAAAGAGUCUGAAAUGAAUAAAAUCCCAGAUGCAGUUUUUUGUUCAACCAAAAUCCUAAAAGUAACUAGAAAAAAAUAACAUUUUGUUCAUAACGCAGGACUUUUGAGUAUAAACAAGCCCGAAACACACUGGGGAUUCUUAUUUUGAAAUGAAUAAAUUAUGAUAAACUAUCGCAACUUUUGACAGAUUUUUGCAGAUAACCGAUAGUUCCAAAAAGCAACUAUAUAUUAGCACAGAUUAAACUGUAAAACCGAUAUAUCGGUCUACCUCCUCUAAUUGUAAUUUUAAGUUAAAAAACUCAUUUCAAACACAUGGAGCCACUGUCCACGAUUGAACCAAAUGCAGCCAAAGAGCUAUUUGUUUGAGUGAGGAAUACAGUAGUAGACUGUAAUCUCAUGUUCACUUCAUUCCGAUAUGACACACCCACUUUUCAUGAUUCACUCAAUUUGUAGAAUAAAAUCACUGCUUUUGUUCUUAGGAGUAUCACACAUUACAGAUUGAAAUUGGGUUGUGAAUGCCAUUUCAUGUUGACUUUAAUGUCAUUCUAAUGUCUGAGAUGUGAUUAGUGUAUAAAUACUCUACCACAUGGUUUAAAUCUCCCAGAAAAGCUUCGGAUGAAGUCUUAUUAUUCAUGUUUUAACACUCGCUAAGCGCUUCAGAGUUCAAAUUUUAAGUAUAAUUGUCUUACGCAUAUAGAAAUAUACCGCAAUGCAGCAUUAUGCAGGAUUUAUUUGGAGGGUUUAUUUUGCCUUUGAUUGAGUUGUUGGCACUAACACAUUUGCAGAUGUCUAUCAUUUGGUUGCUCAACUGUGGCUAGUGUGUUUAUAGGAUUUCACUGAGAACACCGAUUAUUUCAGCCAUGAAACUGCUAAGCCAUUUUUAAUCCAUUUAAUGCUCUAAAAGCCAACAGAUUUAUUAGGAGGAUUUUGAAAAUAAGAGAAAAAGUAAAAUACAAUCCUGUGUAGUGUUGCAUAAAUGGCAUUGACAUUUUCAGCUUCUUCUGCAAACAAUAUUGAUGAAGUUCUUGCAUGUGAUGCUCUUUUUGUCACCGAAAAAUAUUUUUAAUGUGCCAUAAUUAUAUAUAUAUAUAUAUUACUGAAUCUCAAGAAACCAUGUCUGCGUCAUAUUUGACCCCAAAAUGAAAAGACAAAAAUAAGAAAUGUAAUUUUUCAUAGAGAAAAUUAAGCUUACACUGAAAACCAUAAUAAGUUGACUUUAAUCAAUUGAUUGAGUAAACUUAUUCCCUUCAUUAAAUUGAGUAAUGGGGUCUCCAAAACUUGUGCAAUAAAGUUCACUUGGUGUUCAUAUAGAAUGAUCUUUAGAUAACUAGGUGCAAGUAGACUUUGCUCAGAUUUGCUAUUUAAAUAUUGUUGUUUCCAUGUAAUAAUUUUUUAUUUAAUGAACUCAUUCUUAUUAGAUUCUCAUUAGAGAAAUACAGUAAAGAGAAUAAUCCUGUCUGGACACAAUUAUUAUUAUUUUUUAAUUAAAAUUAUCUUAAAGUAUUGCCUUUAUAAUGUCAUUUUUUUGCAUUACAGUAAUGAAAAAGAGAUUUUUUUGCAUUAUGGUAAUGAGAAUUUGGGGUGGAAGAAAUGUGCUGAAUUAUCAUGAAAAUAAUGUUACAAUGCAAAAAAUGGCCUUAGUGAUAGGCUUUAUUUAUUUUGCAAAAAUUUAUAUAUAUAUAUAUAUAUAUAUAUAUAUAUAUAUAUAUAUACACACACACACACACACUGGCAGCCAAAAGUUUGGAAUAAUGUACAAAUUUUGUUGCUUCUGAAGGAACUUUGGUACUUUAAUUCACCAAAGUGGCAUUCAACUGAUCACAAAGUAUAGUCAGGACAUUACUGAUGUAAAAAACAGCACCAUCACUAUUAUAAAAAAGUCAUUUUUGAUCAAAUCUAGACAGCAGCCAUCACUCCAACACCUUAUCCUUGAGUAAUCAUGAUAAAUUGAUCAUUUGGUGCUAGAAAAUCACUUGCCAUUAUAUCAAACACAGCUGAAAGAUAUUUGAUUCAUUAAAUGAAGCUUAACAUUGUCUUUGUGUUUGUUUUUGAGUUGCCACAGUAUGCAAUAGACUGGCAUGUCUUAAGGUCAAUAUUAGGUCAAAAAUGGCAAAAAAGAAACAGCUUUCUCUAGAAACUCAUCAGUCAAUCAUUGUUUUGAGGAAUGAAGGCUAUACAAUGCUUGAAAUUGCCAAAAAACUGAAGAUUUCAUACAAAGGUGUACACUACAGUCUUCAAAGACAAAGGACAGCUGGCUCUAACAAGAACAGAAAGAGAUGUGGAAGACCAGAUGUACAACUAAUCAAGAGGAUAAGUACAUCAGAGUCUCUAGUUUGAGAAAUAGACGCCUCACAUGUCCUCAGCUGACAGCUUCAUUGAAUUCUACCCGCUCAACACCAGUUUCAUGUACAACAGUAAAGAGAAGACUCAGGGGUGCAGGACUUAUGGGAAGAAUUGCAAAGAAAAAGCCACUUUUGAAACAGAAAAACAAAAAGAAAAGGUUAGAGUGGGCAAAGAAACACAGACAUUGGACAACAGAUAAUUGGAAAAGAGUGUUCUGGAUCUUAACCCCAUUGAGCUUUUGUGGGAUCAGCUAGACUGUAAGGUGCGUGAGAAGUGCCCGACAAGACAGUCACAUCUAUGGCAUGUGCUACAGGAAGUGUGGGGUGAAAUGUCACCUGAGUAUCUGGACAAACUGACAGCUAGAAUAACAAGGAUCUGCAAAGCUGUCAUUGCUGCACGUGGAGGAUUUUUUGAUGAGAACUCUUUGAAGUAGUUUAAGAAGUUCUGAACAUUUUUUUUCAAAUUGUAAUAGUAAUUUUUCAUGUUAUUAAUGUCCUGACUAUACAUUGUGAUCAGUUGAAUGCCACUUUGGUGAAUAAAAGUACCAAUUUCUUUCCAGAAGUGCAAAAUCUGUCCAUUAUUCCAAACUUUUGGCCACCUGUGUGUGUGUGUGUGUGUGUAUAUAUAUAUUUAUGUAUUAGGGAUGGGCAUGAGUACUCGUACGUGGCAGCAAUGAUCAAUCAUGAAAACGAUGAUCGAUGGUGAUCACGCAUGAUGUGACUUUUCACUUAAUUCGAAAUUCAGUGACAAUUACCUGACAACUAAACACAAACGUGUCAAAGUUAAUUUUGAGAUUGAUUACGUUGUGAUUUUGAGAGGUACAUUGAUUGUCAGAGACGUCUCAUAGCAACCAAAUUGAUAUACGACGCUGCACUGCUAUCGUUACGAUAAUCAAAAGAGUGUAGUUAACCGUGUUUUGAACACUUGUCUCGGCAAAACGUUUGCUAAACACGCUUUAUUAUCAUUUCAUGUAAGAACUUUGACUCGUUAAUGGAUAUUAUUCAAUAAACGUGAAUGUUUGUUACUGACUGAAAACCUCCCUGCCCUAAGUGACGUAACUGCAUCUCGACUAAAUGGGAGUUGAAGAUUUCCGCAUCAGUUUCCAAAUUAGAAGUCCGACAUAAAGUGUCAUUAUGUUGCACUUUCCCCAUUUGAAAGGUGGAAAUUCCGACUCUCCGAGUGCAAUGGAAUGCUUCAUGAAUCAUCACAGCAACAACAAUACGGAGCAUUGCAGCUUUCCCACAGGAGCGAACACUUGGACACACACACACCCGGCACGUGUGGCAGUGGACUCAACGCGCUGCGAGUGUUUCAAACAGCUAGACAGAUCGCAUCUGAAUGGAACAGAAAGCAGCGCCUUCAAAACUGAACUUCAGCUUAACAUGCAUAUUAAAAACGCGAUGUUUAUGGCGUCUCCUGUUAGGCCAACCGUGAUGUGAAAAUAGGCGGUUCAGACUGUCACUAAACAAACUGGUGCACGCUUACUAAGAUUACUAUGAUAACCUGAAGGAAGAACAGACUGACGCACGUUGUGCCCAUUCUUUGAGUUAGGUAGCUAAACUUCACAUAAUGACAAAAUAUGAUGCAUUAUAUUUUGAUUAUGCAAUCGUUUGUACAUUUGUUAACAGAUUAUUUUAUAACAGCCUAUAAAAAUGAAUGGACGAUACACUGGAACAACAAGACGCAAUUCAACAGACAAAGACGUUUGUCAGACAUGUUAUUAUAUAUACAGUUAUGUACAUGUCAUUGCCCCUCGAAUACUCAACGAGUACUCGUGUAGACAAAGUGCCUAUCCCUAAUACAUAUUUUGGGGUGGGGUUGAAAUAUGACCUGGACAUGCUCUUGACAGGCUAUGUGAGAUUCACCGGAUGCAUUUUGUAUUUCAAGUGGAUUUAAGAGAGAACUAUGAAAACACACACACCUGUAAAUGUCAGUCAUUAAUAAGGUAAAACAGUGGACACAUCUUCAUUGUUUUACUUCACAAAGAACAAAGGAUCAAAACAGCUCAAGAAAGUGAUAUAAAAGUACCAUCUUUUGAAAGGGCUGUAAAGCACUCAGCCAACUUUUGGUAAACAUGCAUUAUUGUAAGAAUCCAGCAUGUGAAUGGACGGUUGGAUGUCUGGCUUUAAUAAGUCUGCUAUUAUUAUGGUCUGUUUGUGAUCAAUUUAACCGCAAACCUCUCUUCAACAAUACCUCAAAUGCUGUGGUAUUUUGCAGUUUUCAAAAUAGUGCAAAUAUUAGUGAGCAUUCUGCCGUGUGCCCUUUGAGUCAUCUUGGCUGGACGGCCACUUCUAGUGAGAGUACCCACAGUACUAAAUCAUCUCCAUUUAUAGACAGUUUGUCUAACUGUGGACAGAUGAAUAUCUAAUGGUGCAUGGAAUUUGGGUUUAAUUAAUGCUUAAUUAGAACAAAAUAUAAGCUAAUUUUAUUGUAGAUUUAAAUCAAGUGAACAGGGCUUUUCUUAGAGUAUUAAAUUAUAUACAUGCAAGUGUUAAAUGCUGCUAUAACACUUUAAAAACAUGUUUUUGGCUAUUGUCUUUUGAUUGUGUUAGUUUGUGGUGUGUAAAUAGUGUUUUUUAAUGGCCAUUUAUACGUUUCUAUAUGCCUCAAACAGAACAAACAAGCAACAAUCAGCUUGGCAAACACAGAAUACAUAAAUGUUUUGCCUUUCAAUGGAAACGUGGUCAGAUUUUACCUUAUAGCUGUUUGUUUAUUGUAUACAUUAUACUGUUUAUUCUUUUAUUAAUCAAAUUAUAUGAUUAUACAUAGUAUAUAAUUUUGUUACAUGUUGUAAUAUAGUUUGAGUGUAAUUUAUUUCAGGAACCAGGAAUCUAAAAUCUGGCAUGGCCUUGCAAAAUAUUGUUCAAAAGACAUUUGGAAAGAUAUAUAUAAAGCAUAUUCUUACGUGACCCAGUUUUCUUAAUCAGCGGGCGAGGAUUUCAAAUGUUGAACUGAUCACUACCUCAACAGGACUCUCAUGUUACGAUCUGUUGAUCAGAAAACAUUUCUUUCCAAACGACUCCAUUCUUCAGUUCCACUUUUGUUGUUUUCUUCUUAUAGAAGAACUUUGUGAGAUUUGUACAGAGAUGUGUUUAGCAAUAAAUGUUUUAUUUGUACUGGA